AUGCCUUUCCAAAAAUUCAGGCCAAUAAAGCAAUUUGGAAGAUAUAAUACUUUAAUGUUUAGAGAUUUUAACAGAAGAAAUAAUUUAAAAGACGCGCAUGUUCUUCAAAUUGAUCCAGAAAUUAAACAAGCAAAAAUUAAAAUUCAAAACCCUUUAAGUAAAGAUUUCUUUAAACAAUUUGAAAAGAAGAAUGAAAAUGGUGCUUUUCCUUUACAUUUGAGAAAGAAAACGUUAAAGGACCAUCCACUCUACAAAACUCAAAAUUGUUUAUUAUUUGACGGAACAGAAAGUUUAACUGACGGGGUCGAUCAAGCUUGUAAUUUAAUCAAUUCUUGUGAGCCUUCUCCAAUUCCGUCUUCUGUCUAUUCUUCAAUUCCAAACAAUUUUCUUCCAAAAGAUUUUGAAAAUCAUUUAAUCGAUUCAAUUAUGGCAGGUGAAAGAUACGACCCUUCUAUGGACAAAUUACCCAAAAAAUUUGAUCCAAUACUUUUUUGGACGUAUCAAGUAAACCAUUAUGGAACGCCGGUAAUGAAAAGAAAUAAUAUAAUUUUGGAGAAUUUGGUUAGAAAAGUUUUUCUGCUUGCUAUGCACAAUGAAAAAUUGAAUUUUGAAAAAUACAGGUUGUUGUUAAAUUUAUAG